AUGACAGAGGGCAACGUGGGUAAAAGAGACAUGCAACACCCAGCCCUGCAACACUGCCAUCUCUUCCUGGGUGGGGCUCUGCUACUCCUGCUGGCCAGCCUGGCUCAGAGCUGCCCUGCACGAUGUGAGUGCUCAGCGCAAAGCAAGUCAGUUAGUUGCCACCGCAAGCGCCUGCCAGCCAUCCCUGAAGGAAUCCCCAUUGAGACACGGGUCCUGGAUCUUAGUAAGAACAAGCUGCGCAUCAUCACGCCAGACAACUUCUCUUCAUUCCUUCAGCUGGAGGAUCUGGACCUCAGUGACAAUCUCAUCAGCGUGGUUGAGCCUGGUUCAUUUCGUUCUCAGCUCGCUCUCCGCUCACUCAACUUUCGUAGUAACUUGCUUCAGCUGGUUCCUGCUGGUGUGCUGUCAGGCCUGACCAAUCUCUCUCACCUUGACCUUAGCCACAAUCGACUGGUGGUUCUCUUGGAUCAUGCCUUUCAGGACCUGCGCAGGUUAACGUCCCUAGAGGUUGGUGACAAUGAGUUGGUUUUUGUUUCCCAGCGGGCCUUUACGGGAUUACUUGGACUCCAAAGUCUUACCCUUGAACGUUCCAACCUCACGGUAGUCCCCACUGAUGCUCUGGGACAUCUCCACAGCCUGGUUGAACUACAUUUGCGCUAUCUUAGCAUUGGCUUUCUAAAGCCUUUCUCUUUUAAGAGGUUAUCGCGACUCCGCCAACUAGAGAUCGAUAACUGGCCCUGGUUGGACACACUGCCACCCCUCUCUCUGCAUGGUCUCAACCUUACAACACUGUUUAUUACUAACACUAACCUGUCUGCCUUCCCUGGCGCAGCACUACACAACCUGCACUACCUCACACAUCUCAACUUGUCCUUCUGCCGCAUCCAGCACAUCCAUCAGGGAGAACUGGGGCAACUCCCACACCUAGUAGAGCUUCGGCUCCAAGGGGCUAAUCUGAUUUCUAUUGAGCCUUUUGCAUUUGUGGGUCUCAAAUCUUUGCAGCUACUGGAUGUGUCACAGAACCAACUGGACUCUCUGGAGAGAGGAGUGUUUGCUUCACCAGACAGUCUCCAGAGGCUUUGUCUGGGUGGAAACCCAUUAGUGUGUGACUGCAGAUUACUUUGGCUGCUUAAUAGCCACAAGCCUCCCUCUCUGCAGAUUCUGGAUGUCCAGCCUGAGUGCAGUGCUCCCCAGCAUCUCCUAGGGAAGACUCUACGUGACCUGAAGGAACCUCUGGUCUCCCGUUACAUGACCUGCACCAAACCACGGAUUGGACCCAACACGACCCAGCUGCUAAUGGCUGAUGAGGGUCAACCUGCCCGCCUAAGCUGCAUGGCAGAAGGAGCGCCUCGACCCUCUGUGGUCUGGAUUACACCUCACAGACGUUACAUUACAACCAAGAGCAGUGGUAGGGUUGAAGUCCAAUCAGAUGGCACACUAGAGAUCAAGACAGCAGAGCUGCAUGACAGUGGGGUGUACUUGUGUAUUGCCAGUAACCCUGCAGGCAACGCAAGUCUGUCAGCCUCUUUAGCUGUGAAGAGCCUGGGCAUUGGGGACAGAUUUCACUAUAGCAACAGGAGCUCAAACUAUCUUACAGACUCUAACAGCACAUGGGGGAAUGGGACAGUACUGUACAACAUGACAGUCCCAAUAGACAUUAAGACUAUUAUUAUUUCUACAGCUAUGGGCUGCCUUUCUUUCCUGGGUGUGGUUGUCUUUUGUUUCCUCCUUCUGUUUGCCUGGAGUCGAGGGAAAGGGCGCCAUAAGAGCAACUUUGAUAUUGAGUAUGUCCCUCGCAAAUCCAACGGGGCAUCGGCGGAAGUGUCAGAAUCAAGUGGACCAAGACGGGUCAAUAUGAAAAUGAUCUGAAAACUGAAACAUAUAAAGUCAAAAACAAAAUGUCCACAUAUCAAAUGAUUUUUUUUUUCUAUGACACAGUGGAUUUGUGACAAACGAAAGUGAUGUACCAAUAUAGUGGGUGUCAAUAUGACAGUGAUCUAGUGAUAAAGUGGGCAUGUGAAUAUAAAAGUGAUAUAUGAAACCGUGGACGUGUUUAUAUGAAAUAAUGUUCUCAUUCAGUACAUUAAAUAUAAUACUAUAACCAACAUAUCAAUAUGAGAGUGAUAUAGUGCUACACUAGGCAUGUGUUCCAGUGGUGAUGAGUAAUGACGUUGUCGACUCACCAUAACAUCAAGGUGAAAAAGAGAGCUGUUGGGAAUGAUGGGGACAUCUUUGUGUGGCAGUAGAGAUAUCAUCACUGCAAUUUGUCAGGACAAAAUUGUGUAAUACCCACAUUAGCUGCAGUAUGAAUGGUGUGUGUUGUGUUCAUGUGUGCACAAGUGUGCGUGUGGGUGAGUGUGCGCAUGUUGCAUUUGUGUGUUUCUUUGUGCAUGUGCACGCAUUGCCUUUCUUGUUGAACAGAACAUUUAAAAUGAAUGAAAGGGUCCAAAGCAUUCUUCAGACCUCUGUUCCAUCGUUGUCACGGCAGUAUUGUCACUGUUGCAAAAGCAGAGGAAUAUCUAUGUUCGUAUGCAAAUUCACAAUUAUUAUAUUCAAGAAAAAUGCUGCAUACAUUUUGAAAUAGGUCAUUAUCCCCCUUGGAAUAACUCCAGCAUCAGAUGGGGAUUUUUUUUUUUUAACUUAAUGAACUUUUGAAAUAUCCAUAGUUACAAUGUGAGUUAAAAGCUUUGUCUUUACCAAAGAGCUCACUUUCCAGCAACACUUCAUGUGUUUCCUGAAAAAAGCAGUUGUCAGUUUUAUUACUCUGCAGAUGCUGUUAGCUAUAGAAAUGGCAUGUUGAAACCAUUUUAUAGCACAAUAAAUCGUGGGCAGACUUUCCUUCAAGACAAAUCCCUUGAUAUGAUGAAAGAGUCCGUGGCCAGAAACAAUGGCAGAUAUUCUGGCCAAUGCCUUUAGGAAAAGACAAAGUUGAGCUUCACAGAUUUGCAAGUUGUAUUUCCCCCCUCUCUCAUUUUUCUUUAAUUGCACCACUUCAGAUCUAGAGUGUCUGUAUCCUCCCCUUGGCCACUGGGUAUUUAAUAGAUGGCAAUUCGAAAGUUGUAGUUGACUCAUGUAUCGUUUAGUUUUUUUGUUGAAAAUGUUUUAAAUGUUUAGAAAAAAUGUAUAUCAAUUAAGGGCAAUUCUUUGUAAU